AAAAUACGUGUCAAGAUUGGUGUAAUAGAAGAAUCUUGCAUUCUAUCAUUAUUGUGUUUUGGUAGAUUUCUAGUCGCACAGUAACUAUCGCCCCAACCUCAUUACAGGUCGCAGAAGCGCAGUAAAACGGUAACGCGCACACAUACUCAUCAAGAUAAUUAGCAUUUAUAUGUGUUAGUGGACUUUAAAUCCGACAGAAAAUACAUUCAUAUAAACAGUAUCGGGCGUUUCUUAUUGUACAAAUGUAGGUAGAUUAAAGCAAGCAAUCAGUCCAAUAUCAUAAACUAGAAUAAAGCCGAAAUCAAGCUCACUUCAUCGCUGACCAGUAAAGCAUCAAGUACUCCACAGACACAAAAAGAAGAAAAAUGUCGGAACAAUUGCGUUACGAUGGCCGUGUUGCGGUUGUUACUGGAGCCGGAGCCGGGUUGGGACGUGAAUAUGCUCUGCUCUUUGGCUCGCGAGGUGCAAAAGUAGUGGUCAACGAUUUAGGUGGAAGUUUUCAAGGUGAAGGUGCUUCUAAACGUGCCGCAGAUGUUGUAGUUGAUGAGAUUCGUGCACGAGGGGGUACUGCUGUGGCCGAUUACAAUUCGGUAGUCGAUGGUGCAAAGGUCAUUGAAACAGCUAUUAAGAAUUUCGGACGUGUCGAUAUACUGGUGAAUAAUGCGGGUAUACUCCGUGAUCGCAGCAUUGCUAAAACCACUGAUCAGGAUUGGGAUUUAGUGCACGCAGUUCACUUAAAAGGAAGCUUCAAGUGCACUCAAGCAGCCUGGCCGUACAUGCGAAAGCAAAAUUAUGGGCGAAUCAUUAUGACCUCAUCAAAUUCAGGAAUGUAUGGUAACUUUGGUCAAGCCAAUUAUUCGGCUGCAAAAAUGGGGCUCGUAGGUUUGGCUAAUACUGUGGCUAUCGAGGGUCAGAAAAAUAAUAUUCAUUGCAAUGUUAUUAUUCCAACUGCGGCUAGUCGCAUGACUGAGGGUAUCCUUCCAGAUAUACUUUUUAAUGAAUUGAAACCACAUCUGAUCGCACCUGUGGUAGCAUACUUGUGUCAUGAGUCGUGCGAAAACAAUGGUUCGUACAUUGAAAGUGCCGCUGGAUGGGCGACUAAAUUGCAAAUAGUUCGUGGAAAAGGUACUGUAUUACGUACUUCCAUCGAUGAAAAGACCAUCUCGCCAGAAUACGUCAAAAGUGUUUGGUCAAAGGUCACAGAUAUGGCAGAUGCCGAACCCGUAGUUGAAAUCGCUCGGGCAUCAGGAUAUCUGCUGGAAGUGCUAGAAAACUUAAAAGAGGGAAAACUUGGUGGAAUUGAAGAUACAUUCAAAUACAACAGCAAAGAUUUAAUUCUUUAUGCUUUGGGUAUUGGCGCAACUGUUAAAAAUGGCAAUGAUCUUAAAUAUCUAUACGAAAACCAUCCAGAAUUCUCUGCAAUCCCUACAUAUUUUGUUAUGCCGGCCCUCAUGCUAAGUUUGACAUCAAAUCUUGUAGCCAAUGCAUUACCUUCUGGAAAUGCCCACCUAUCAAACAUUCUACAUGGGGAGCAGUACUUGGAAAUAUUUGACGAUCUACCCACAAGCGGUACCCUCACCACUGUUGGCAAAGUAUUUGAUGUUAUGGACAAAGGAUCUGGCGCACUUGUUGUUACAAAUAGUGACACUUAUGAUAAAAAAGGUCGCCUUCUGGUAAAAAAUCAGAGCUCUAUUUUUGUUCUCGGAGCAGGUAAAUUUGGAGGAAAGAAAUCACCUAUUGCUGGUGUUGUACCCAUUGUGCCCGCACCCAAACGGAAUCCCGACUCAACAAUCCACUAUAAAACAUCCGAAGAUCAAGCCGCCUUAUACCGUCUCUCUGGCGACUUGAAUCCACUGCAUAUUGAUUCAGAUUUCGCAGCAGUAGCCGGUUUCAACACACCCAUAUUACAUGGUUUGUGUUCAUUGGGUUUUUCAAUACGAGCGGUUUUGGCACAGUACGCCAGCAACAAUCCAGUUCUUUUCAAAGCUGUAAAAGUUAGGUUUUCAGCUCCAGUCAUACCUGGCCAAACACUUAGGAUCGAUAUGUGGAAGGAAGCCAAACGAAUUCACUUCACCACUACUGUCGUGGAAACUGGAAAAGAAGCGAUUUCCGGGGGAUAUGUGGAUCUGAAGGAUACUUCGGCCAAAUUGUAAAAAUAUAAUUUGCUCAAGUUGAUAAAAAUUAAGGCAAUGUAAUAUUUUAUGAGUAUUUACGGAUAUUAAAGGUGUAUUUUCUUAUUAUUUCAAUUUAAACACAA